UUAUUAUUUUUUGUCUAAAAAAUAAUUGUAUUAUUACGUGAAUAUUUUUGCGAGACACAACAACAAAAACAUAAAAUUUCGAAAGCAGACAAUAAAGUUUCCGGAAAGUUUCAGCAGAAAUAAUUAGAGAAAAGAUGAGCGACAGAAAAAUUUCUAGACAACAUUUCCGGAAAAAUAUAACAUAACUUUAAAGUGAGAGAAAGAAAAUCUUUCCGGAAUACUACUACUUUGCUUUAAAGGCAGACAACAUUUCCGGAAAAUCAUCACCUUUAAAGAGAGAAAAGUUUCCGGAAAAACACUACACUAUUUUAAAGAUAGACAGAACUUUUCCGGAAUGAGAAACAACAUUAUUGAAAGGAUAGACAACAUUUCCGGAAAGAAAGACUACACUUUUAGAGAGAUAAAGAAAGCUGCUAUAAUUAAUAAAUAUCUUUCCGGAAAAAGAUAUAAACCUUCCGGAAUUAUCACUAGAACACUAAUUUUUACUCUUUUUCUCUUCCAAACAAAUGCCCAGUGUCCAACAUUACAAUCCCCAUGUAGAUGUGCCCCUUCAAUAUACGAACCAAUAGCUAUUAUUUGUGAAAAGGCUGGCAGUUUAGAAAAUGCUUUAAGGGCAGCCCAACCUGCCAGACAUUUAUCAAUUGAUUCUCUAAGUAUUUUGGAUACUGCAUUGCCUUCUUUACCUUCAAAUGCUUUUUAUGGUUGGACUAUUCUCCGUCUUGUAUUAAAUCGAAAUACUCUUUCACAUGUUUUGGAUGGGGCUUUCAAUGGUAAUUUGGUUGAUUCUCUUGUAGAGUUGGACUUGUCAGAAAAUUCUCUUUCACAGAUUGGGACACAGUUCGGCGGCCUUUCCCAACUUCGAAAUCUUCGAAAACUUUAUUUAAAUAAAAACGGAAUUUCUCAAUUACCAACAAAUUUGUUUGCCGAAUUUUUAAGCAGAGAAACUUUAUUAAAAUUAGAAUUGAGAGCAAAUCAUUUAACAGACCAAUCAUUUGGGACAACAUUACAACAAAAUAAUGAAGGGACAAGUGUUUUCUCGCCUUUAAAAAAUUUACAAGAAUUGAGUUUGGAAACAAAUCAAUUAACAAUGAUUCCAAGUAGUGCUUUAUCUGUUCAGAAAGAAACACUUAAAAAUUUAAAUUUGGGAUUAAAUAUGAUAAAAGACGUGCCUAUUAGUGCAUUAAACUUCCCUCAGUUAAGUUCUUUAUCACUUGAAUUCAACGGUUUAUCUGUUAUUGUCCCACAAGCAUUUCAGCACGUUCCAAAACUUGAAUAUCUUUACUUGACUGGAAAUAAAUUUCCUGCUUGGUCGUCAGAAAUGUUUAGAUUUAUUACCGAAUUAAAAACUCUUGGAAUUGGAGAGACCCCAAUUUCUGUAAUUCCUACAAAUGCUUUUGUACAUACUCCAAAUUUGAUGCGGUUGGAAAUGUCUGAAGCGGCUGUGGACACAAUAGAGCCUGGAGCAUUUCAAAGAACUCCAAUAAUCCAAGCAAUUGUAUUAAACAAAAAUAGAUUAACCAGAAUUCGUAGUGACAUGUUCCAAGGACUCCAAGAAUUGUAUUCGUUGGAUUUACAAGGAAAUAGACUAGAACAAGUGGAAAAUAAAGCAUUUGCUAAUUUACCAGCGCUUAGACAUCUGGAUAUUAGUUACAACCUUCUUCAAACUUUACCUAUGGAUACUUUUGAAGGAACUUUUGAACCGACAAGUGACGAUAGACGUGUAAUUUAUGCUUGUGAAAAUCCUUGGCUUUGUGAUUCCAAAUUAGAAUGGUUUAGACAAAUGUUACGCGACAAUUUGGAUAUUGAUAUAGAUAAACCAGGGUGUGUAGCUGCUUGUGGACCCAGCCCAACAAAUUGCCCUCCAGAAGGAACGCCUCUCAGGGCAUUAGAUUUUUGCCCAUCACAGGAAGGGACAGUCGAGCCAAUGCCUCUUGUUGGAACAGCACUUUCGCUUGUUGGAUGGAUUAUUUUGGUAACCAUAAUGACUGUGCUUAUAAUUUCUAUUUGUUUAAUGGCAUUAAUUCGUUAUGGAAUGAGCCAUAGAAGAAAGAAAAUUAAAGAUGCAGAAAUUGAAGAUGAACAAAGAAUAAUGUCUUCGGCAUCUGCGGCCGCUUCCGCUUAUCAUGGUUCUACAUUGCCUAGAAAUACAUAUCAUCCUUCAACUGUUUAUGGUUCUCCAGCUGGCAUAGAUUUAGAUUUACCACCAGCACAUAAUUUGGAAGAAAGACACCAUCAUUAUUUUCUUUAA